AUGACCACCUCAAGGAUAAUGGGACGUCUCGUCCCAAAUCAAGUCCACAUCCAAAUGAUCCCAACACCCAGAAAACUACGCGACAGCAGGCAGGUCCUAGCUGCGCUCCAGAAAUUCGGCGAAGUCACCACAUUUCGCAAUCUGAAGUAUGAUCUAUCAAAUAACUCACCUAAUCAACAUCGACCCGUUAUCGCAAUAUUCGAAUCUACCGAAGCAGCGCAACGCGCGGUCGCUUCAUCACCUUUAGUCGUCGCGCUUGACUGUUCCUCCUCCGUUGCCUCCACACACACACAUCCACACCCACAACAAAUACCACAAUCAACACAUAGCGCAAACUCGGAUCAAUCCUCGGCCUCAACCUCAUUCUCUUUCCAAUCCCCAUCAUCCAGAACCAAAGACGAAACCCCCACCCCCGCAAACCACGACCCAAUAUUCGACGACGUGGAAGCAGGCACAAUAAAAUGUAUAAUUAGCUUAUCGCGACAUAAUAACGAGAAUGCUAUGCGUCGCAACCCCUUCAAUCUACCAUAUCUCUGUUACGAGAAAUCUCCUAUCUACAAGGACAUGACGGAUCCGCAGACGGGUGUUCCUGUUAAGGCGCUUGGAGACAUUAUACAGCAGAGGAAGAGAUCUGCUCCUUCUCGUACGCAGAGUAUUAUCAGGGGACAGAGGAGGGUUAUGGGGGCGGAAAGUCUGAUGGAUCUUUGGAGGGAUGGGGUACAUUCCGAGGAAGGGGAGAGGGAGGGACCGCCUGUUUCGGCGAACGAGGAACUUCAUAAGGUGUGA